UCACUCCUCACUUUCUCCGCACACAGGCUUCACAGUCAGUCAGUAUUAACCCGCCGUUAAGAGGUUUACCUGCCUCGGAGCACACUUCUGUGUCUGUCGUUGGACUUUAAAACAAUCGUGAUUUUGUUUCCCAUGAGGAAUAACUGAUGAGACACGCUUCACGCUGAAGAUGUCCAAUGUUUUGAUGUCACAUUCCUGACGUUUUUUGGAGAAUUCAGAAGACGACAGCAGACAGAUCACACGCUUUAUCCCUUCUUCCGUUUUUGUCUGCAGACAACUGGAGAGACUGUGAGGAGGCCCCAGUGUUUGCUUGGAUAUGGCUUUUCUGUAAGAAAAAGACACAGGUCAGGCCCUUGCUUCCCUCACCCCAGCCCGAGUCACAUGUCAGUGUGAGGCAUAACCCCCUGGGUUGCUAUCACUACACUGACCGACCUAAAUACUUGUAUACUCACUUGGAGAAGCAAUAUAGACUGGAUCACUCAGUUGGACGUGAAAAAGAGCUUCACUCUGUGUUUGCUGCUUGUGAAAUAACUCCCGCUGGGUUUAUUAACCCUGAGAAACUGACAGCUCCACAAAACUGCAGAGGUGCUUGUUUAGUUUGGAGUGGACCUGAGAAGCCUGUAAGAGAAGGACACGCUUUUCUCUGGACAGACUGAUUCAACUCACAACGUUUCAGGAGCAAAAUGCCAGCAAAGGCUCCAAUAUACUUAAAAACUACGACUCCCAAGAAGGGAAAGAAGCUGAAGCUCCGUGACAUCCUCUCAAGUGACAUGAUCAGCCCACCGCUAGGCGACGUACGUCACAGUGCUCAUGUGGGUCCUGAAGGGGAGGGCGACAUGUUUGGAGAUGUGGGUUUCCUCCAGGGGAAGAUGGACAUGCUGCCAUCCCAGAGCCGGACACAAAAUGGCAGUGUACGCUCACACAGUAUGGAGACACACCUGGAUGACGGCUUCACUGCAAAACAGGACUCACACAACUACGCUUACAAUGGUUACCACUAUCAGCACUCCUCUGCCGGCCUGCUGAAGAACACCAUCUCCAUGCCUGUGUUCAUCGCCCACGAACAGGCACCCCCCAAACCUCCUCGCCUCCACCUGGACGACCCCUCCCCUCCCUUCCCGCCUCCUCAACAAAACCACCUUCAGCAUCGUCAGCAGUUGACAGAGACAAGUUACAAACAGACCAACAGCUAUGAUCACACAGAAAACCACACCGAGCAUCACCCCAAUCUGUCGCUAUGUGAGAAUGGCGUGGUGGGUCGUUUGGCAUCAGAGCCCUGCCAUGACAUCUCCCUCUCACCUGCCCUUCGCAGGCUUGUCCCCUCGUCUGGCUCCUUCUCAGAGGUUUCCUCUGAGGACUCCAUGUCAGAAACCUGUGGGCCCAUGGACGUUCGUCGAGGCCUCAGUCUGGACUCUGACGUCGGCCUUAGCAACGAGGAUCUGAGGAGUGAACGCAGUGAGUCUCCCUGUGCUGCCUUUCAUCCAGCCGCUCUCACAACAUCACCUGGUGUGUCACGGUCAGAAUCUAUGAUGGGGUUGGACCUGGAUCUGGGUCCUUCCAUCCUGGAGGACGUACUCGGAAUCAUGGACCGCUACAAGACAAUGGACAACCGCUGUGAGCUGUGAAAGGAAAGCUUUGUUAUGUGAUAUACAGAUAUUUUUUUUAUAUAUGUUUUAAUAUAUCGUUAAUAACUUUGUGUAGAGUUCUAAGAAGGACAAGAAGGUCUGAGGAGGAAUUGAAGAUGUAGGGUGGAGGAAAUGUCUUCUUCCAAAAGAGUGACAGCUGAGUUGUAAGGUAAUGAAAGACUUGGAGAGCUGAAAGGAACAUGGACAUUAUUGUUAAGUGCUGGUACGUUUCUGCCCGACAUGACAGCGACCAAGGCAACAGGCUGGUCCUCAAGAGCCUUUAUCAUGAUCUCAUAAACUGUCAAAGUGUAGGAAAACAAUGAGCUGAACUUCAGUUGCCUCUGGGAGCACAUUCCCCUUCUCUCUGGACAAAACACCAGCCUCUGUCCACAUAUGUGUUGUCCACCAUUCUGACUUAGAGAAUGAGUCGGAUGUAAAUGUCUUAACUGACCCAUGAAAUUAGGAUAGAUUACGAGUGGCGAUCAAUAUUAAAGAGCAGCAGGACUCUCUUGUCUGUGGUGAAAACUGCAGCUAAUAACAAGUGCAUUUUUAAAACUUCAAAUUUGUGUUUCUGCAACAGAACUCAUAUUACAUGUGCUCAGUCAUGUUAAGCUGUAUUACAAACAUAAAUAAAUUAUGCUGUAAGUCAUAGUAUGUCUUCAUGCAUUAUUGGCUGCUAAACAUUUCUCUCUUGCAACAAAAAAGACUUCAGUUUUACUGUAAUCCCUCAAGGCCACAUAUAAUGUGGGGAACCACUCAUUUCACUGUCUUUGUGGAUCAACUGAAGAUAUCCAAUUCAAUUUAUUUAUGAAUUACAUAAAUUCAUCAGUAAAUCAGUAGUGAAAUUAAGUAUAUAAGCUCAUAAAAAAGCAGCUCUUUCUUCUUUUUUUUAAAGGGACACAGAGAAGGUUUAUGCUUUAGUUGAACUAAUAAAUUGUUUUACGUAUAAGAAAAGUGCUGCUUUGUUGGUCAAUUUCAGAUUUUGGCUCUUUGAAAAUACACAUCACUCAUCCAUGAUGUGGCUCACUGUCAGCCUCCCAAGCAUUCACUGUCUGCAUUAUCACAGUAGCCUAUUAAUCAAAUGUCAUUUAUGCUGUAUGUAUACAUCACUGUACAUGUAUGAAUAAAAGGUUCUUAUAAAAAUG